UGUUGCCGUGGACACUGUUUUCCCGCUUGCCUCGCAUUGAUGUGGAAGCAAAAUGGCGGCGUCAACUACAACAGUGCUCUCUGCUGUAGAAGCAGAAACGCUUAUCGAAUUGCUCAAAGUUAUCCCUUUAAAGGAUAUAGGAAACGAGAGAUGGAGGUUGCAACAUGAAUACCUUGAGAAGCUGAACAUGCAGGCAAUUUUGAGUGCAUCUGCAAAUACUGAUGAGUUCAUACCAGAAGGAUUUGCUUCAUACAAUAAGGUUUUCGUUGUCAUACAUGACUUAUUAUCGACUGAACUUUGGCAAAAUAAAGUUUUUCCUCUGCUACUUGAAAUGGAUAUUCAGCAGAAUUCAUCACUUCCUAUUUAUAUGGCUUUUUUUCAUGAAGCUACUGCUUUGAGCUUACUUGAAACAUUGUUGUACCACAAGGAGCCAUGUGAAUGCGCUGGGGAAGCAGUUAUUGACUUGGUAGACUAUUGUUGCCGGAAAAUAACUCAGAUUAUUGUGAGGGCUGAAAUGAAGGAAGAAGCACCUGCAGCUAGUGACCGAAAAAUAAAUUCAAAUUCAUCUGUAAAGGAGGAGCUCGAGACUCAAUGCAGAAGCGUGGCAGUUGAUCUCAGUUUUAAAGCUUUAUCCGUUCUUAGGUAUAUUGCAGAUCAUUUGGAGAGCUUACCCUUAAGUGUAAUGACACGGCUGCUUAAUACACAUGAUGUUCCGUGUCUGCUUGUUCAGGUGUUGGAUAUAUCACCAUGGAGGCGCACAACUAACAACGGAAAAUCGCAAGUGUAUGUUGACAGAGAAUGGAAAGACGUAGCUUCCGAAGAUAGCUUUUUAUUACCAAAAUUAGAAGGACAGGUCUGGUUAACUCUCUAUCAUCUGCUUUUGAAUCCAGAUGCCACAAGAAAAUACGAGUUUACGAAUUACAGGAAAAAUCAAGUGCUCAAGUUGAGAAAAUAUUUAAAUGAAUCGUUGCUGGAUCAAAUUCCUGUUUUGGUACACUUACAAAAGUACUUACAAGAAUUGUCAAUUAUGGAAUCCGUAGCUGCCAAAAGAGAGCUAAUUUUGGAACAGGUUCCAGAGAUUCGUGAAAAUAUCGAGAAAGAAUGUGAUGGGAGGUGGGAAGAAAUUGCCGAAUUCCAAUUGAAAGAAUAUUUCAGCCCAUCAUCAAAAGAGAUCCAAGAUCAGGCGAAACAACUAGCAGCCACCUACAGCCUUGACAUAUUAGAGAAUCUAGUCGAAGAGCCUCCGAAAUGCAGCAAAUGCGGCAAAGACGCAACAAAGAGAUGCUCGCGAUGUCGACAUCAGUGGUAUUGUUCCAGGCAAUGCCAAGUCCAAGAUUGGGCGACUCACAAAACCAGGUGCAUCGUGAUCGGAGAUCAGUGACAGGUUGAAACUGGAGCUUUGAGCAGAACUGCUGAUAAUUGUAAGAGAUACGACUCAAACUGCUUGUCGUCGCCAUUCAUAAACCUAAAUGAUCGUUACUUUAACAAGUAAGUUUAUUGCUGUGAAACACUGUAAAAUAUCACAAUGUAAGUUCCAUCACCAUUCAUGGCUUUGUCAAAUUCGCCUUUCAUGAUGAUAAGAGUUCAGAACUAAGUAAAAUAUUGUAUUAAAACGUUGCUUAUUUUUAACUGGAUUCUACAUUUUAUCUAAUGAGAAUAUUUUUCUUUGAAUGAGUGUAUUCCUAUACUGGCUAUUUUCAUUUUGAUGAAUAAUAGUAUUAAAAAUCACAAAUAAGCAAAAAAUUUAGUUCUUGAUGAAGCUUGAGACUUGCGUUAUUCUUGAAUUAUUCUUAAAUUACCGCAAAUUUGGGCCUUAAUAUUUUUAUAGACUAUCUUCUAAUAAAAAUUGUGUAUGUGCGGGAGUGAAUUGUCCGGAUAGUUUUUUACUAUCUGGACACUAGUUGUUUUAGUUAGCAACAUUAGUUAUAGUAAGGCAUAUAGAUUCCUGAAAACUUUCAUUUUAAAAAGGUAUUGAAAUAGUCAUAACAAUGCUAUCUGUAUCUACCAAUAGAGUGGUGAACUGAUGAUAAUCUAUUUAAGAAAUUUUGGAGUUCGAAGAUAUAACUUGAAAGAAAACUACAAAAUACAUCUUACUUUAAGAAAUCACUUAGAUCUGUCACAGAUCGCUUGGAAUAAUGUUCACAUGAAUGCAGGUUUUCCCCACCAAACCAUUGCAAUUUUGCCGCUGGUUCAAAACGUAUGACCAAGCCAAAAUUACAGUAAUCCGUUCGCAACCUUCAAUUCUUUCGUUGGACAUAUCUCAGACAAUCGCAACAGAUUUGACUGGUUUUACAUAUUGUUUGUUCUUUCUGCUAGUCUGAAUAAAAACAAUUAAAAUGGGGUUCUAGGACUUCAUCAAUUUACCACUUGCGUAAUCAAAGAAGAAUUUCCUCGCUGUUUUGCAGAUGUUCUCACUAAUGUUGUUUCAAGUUCAUUCGAAAUUCAGCUUGCAAAAUAAUUGAUACAGACAAAAUGCUUUGAACUUUUGAUAAAGUAUAUAUGCAUCUUUCCAACAACUCUGCACAUGAAUGUAAUAUUCUCGCUACUUCAAAUAAUUCUUCUUAUGAUAAUCAAAUAACCAAAUAAUCACUCACGUAAUUAUAAACGAUUUUUAAAUUCAUAUUUGGUGAAUCCAUGAUUUACCAAAGAAAUCCAUAAGCACUUUUUGCAAGCAAUAUAUGAAUGGUAGUAGCAACAGCCUCCUCUUUCUACUUCCCUUUUAAUAUCCUGUUUACUGGCAAGCAAUAUUAAACUCAAAGAACAACACUUAAGGACAAAACAGGUAUUACUUCUAAAUAUUAUCACAAAAUAAGAAUAUCUAUGACUUUAAAGUAUCUUAUUAUUAAAGUAUCUCUUAUUCUUAUUAUUUGAUUGCAUACAUAGAACUUUAUGAUAUCUUAUC